AAAAACAAACUUCCAAAUCUCUCUAUCCUCACAAACUUUGUUCUGUUUCUCCUUCAACUUUCCAUAGAUAAAGAUUAAACCUUUUUGAUCUUUAGUCUCUAAUCUCAAAAGGGUUUUGUUUAAAUCUCCUCAAAACCAUGGGGAUUUGCUUAAGUGCUCAGAUUAAAGCUGUGAGUCCAGGUAAGCCAGGUGCAAGUCCGAAGUAUAUGAGCUCAGAGGCUAAUGAUUCACAAAGUAUGGGAAGCAAAAGCUCUUCUGUGUCAAUCAGAACAAACCCAAGAACUGAAGGAGAGAUCUUGCAAUCUCCUAACCUCAAAAGUUUCACUUUUGCUGAGCUUAAAGCAGCAACUAGGAAUUUUAGACCAGAUAGUGUUCUUGGUGAAGGUGGAUUUGGUUCUGUUUUCAAAGGUUGGAUUGAUGAACAGACUCUUACUGCUUCUAAACCGGGAACCGGUGUGGUUAUUGCUGUUAAAAAGCUUAACCAAGAUGGUUGGCAAGGUCACCAAGAAUGGCUGGCGGAAGUGAAUUACUUGGGGCAGUUUUCACAUCCUAAUCUUGUGAAGUUGAUUGGUUAUUGCUUGGAGGAUGAGCAUCGUCUUCUUGUUUAUGAGUUCAUGCCUCGUGGAAGCUUAGAGAAUCAUUUGUUCAGAAGAGGUUCUUAUUUUCAACCGUUAUCUUGGACUCUCCGGUUGAAAGUUGCUCUUGGUGCUGCGAAAGGUCUUGCUUUUCUUCAUAAUGCUGAGACUAGUGUCAUAUACCGCGAUUUCAAAACGUCGAAUAUACUUCUUGAUUCGGAGUACAAUGCUACGCUUUCUGAUUUCGGGCUGGCUAAAGACGGUCCAACGGGCGAUAAAAGCCAUGUCUCUACACGGAUCAUGGGUACUUACGGAUAUGCUGCUCCUGAAUAUCUUGCAACUGGUCAUUUAACAACCAAAAGUGAUGUCUAUAGCUACGGUGUCGUGCUUUUGGAGGUGUUGUCUGGACGGAGAGCUGUGGACAAGAACCGUCCACCAGGAGAGCAAAAGCUAGUGGAAUGGGCAAGACCGUUACUUGCAAACAAAAGGAAGUUAUUCCGGGUUAUCGAUAACCGUCUACAAGAUCAAUACUCAAUGGAAGAAGCUUGUAAAGUAGCUACUCUGGCGCUGAGAUGCCUCACAUUCGAGAUAAAGCUGAGACCGAACAUGAACGAGGUUGUUUCUCACCUCGAACACAUCCAAGCUUUGAAUGAAGCAGGAGGAAGAAAUAUCGAUAAGGUCGAGAGAAGAAUGCGUAGGAGAAGCGAUAGUGUUGCUAUCAACCAAAAACCAAAUGCAGGUUUUGCUCGGCAAACUGCUGUGGGCGUCAUAGCUACUGCUUAUCCACGCCCGUCUGAUUCGCCUCUGUUUGUCUAAGUAAGAAAUGAUGUUCUGUUUAGUUCGGAUGUACAGUUUUGUAUCUGCUUAUGUACCGAAAGGAUUCAGUUCAUGGCUCGUUUACACGUCGCAGAGAUUUGACAUUCAAUCUGUGUAGUGCGAGAAUUGACUAACAUAAGUAUAAAUGAUCUCAUGUCUU